AUGUUCAUUUGUGAAACAGGUGGUCAGGACUGCCCAAGGGUGUUUGCUAAACUGAGCAGGCUCUUCUUGCACACCAAGAACAUCUGUGGAAUGAGAGCUCAUCCAAGUCUGGGCUUCCUCACUGGCUGUCUGGGCACUUUAGGCAUCAGAGAAUCACAGAGCUGGCCCUCUGAGUUCGUGCAAGUGACAUAUAGACACCAGGUCAGUUCCAAUCAGACCUCCCCUGUGAUAGCGUUCGUUCUCCUGGGGCUCUCUGCCCAUCCAAAGCUGGAGAAGACAUUCUUCAUGCUCAUCCUGCUGAUGUACCUGGUGAUCCUGCUGGGCAAUGGGGUCCUCAUCCUGGUGACCAUCCCUGACUCCCGCUUGGACACACCCAUGUACUUCUUCCUGGGGAACCUGUCCUUCCUAGGCAUCUGCUGUACAACCUCCUCAGUCCCACUCAUCCUUAAUAGCUUCCUGACUCCCAGAAAAACCAUCUCCUUGUCAGCCUGUGCAGUGCAGAUGUUCCUCUCCUUUGCCAUGGGAGCCACAGCGUGUGUUUUCCUGAGCGUGACGGUGUUUGAUCGCUACGUGACCAUCUGCAACCCCCUUAGGUACUCUGAAGUCAUGAGCAAAGCUACUUAUGUGCCCAUGGCUGCCGGCUCCUGGGUAGCUGGAAGCCUCACUGCCAUGGUGCAGACAUCCCUUGCAAUGAGGCUGCCCUUCUGUGGAGACAACAUCAUCAACCACUUCAUCUGUGAGAUUCUGGCUGUCCUGAAGUUGACCUGUGCUGAUAUCUCUGUCAAUGUGAUCAGUAUGGGAGUGGCCAAUGUGAUCUUCCUGGGGGUCCCAGUUCUGCUCAUCACUUUCUCCUAUGUCUUCAUCAUUGCCACCAUCCUGAGGAUCCCCUCAGCUGAGGGGAGGAAAAAGGCCUUCUCUACCUGCUCUGCCCACCUCACUGUGGUGAUCGUUUUCUAUGGGACCAUCCUCUUCAUGUAUGGGAAGCCCAAGUCUAAGGACCUGCUGGGCAAACAGGACCUUGCAGACAAACUCAUUUCCCUUUUCUAUGGGGUGGUGACCCCCAUGCUCAACCCCAUCAUCUACAGCCUGAGGAACAAGGACGUGAAGGCCGCUGUGAGAAGCCUGGUAUUUCAGAAACACUUCCCACAGUGA